GAAUUUUGCAAUGCAAUGCAACAACAGUCAAACAAUAAACUGCCGUUGCGUCGGAUUGUGUUUAGACUUUAGACGCCAGUUUUCCCUUCAUUCAAGCACAGUAACAUUAAAUAGUGAAUAUGAAACAGAAUGUCACGGAGCCAAAACUUGUUAACGUGAAGCUGUAGUAUAGCUUGUCAUGAUGAGUGGACACGGGGAGACUCUUGCAGGCCAUAGACGGCCCCCUGUUGGACCAGGAGCAAUCAGAAAAAAGAGUAUUCCUACUACAUGUACAACCAUCGACAAAGGCACAGGUCGACUCAAACUUACCAGACAGUUGUCAACCAGUCAGCCUAAGUUAGAGGGGAGUGUAAGAAGAGGAUCUCUGGAUAGCAUUCUCAUUGAUGGACGUGCUAGAUCAAACAGUUUAGCCAAGCUUACGGACUUGAAGAGGAAUCUGAGUGCUAGUAACCUCGCAGCAUUAUCAGACAGUAACCUUUCUGUACAGGAGGCAGAACCACAGAGGGGUUAUGAUGCACCUAAUACUACAGGAUCUAAAGCAAAGCAUUACCUAGAGCAAUUCAUCAAGAGAUAUUACUACCAGCUGACUGAGGGAUGCGGGAGGAGAGAGUGCAGGAAUAAGUUCUGCCGAUCCUCAGAAGAUGCAAUCCGGAUGACUCCUGAUGUAGCUGCUAUCAUCAGCAUCCAGCUUGCGUCUAGUCAAAGAUUAUACUUUUGUAGUUCAGAGAAGUUCAUCGGCCGCGCCUUGCCAGAAGAUGUCUUCCAGGCGAAAAACAGUAAAGUGAAGUCUUUCCUCCAGACCCUGUAUUCCUCAUCACCAUUUGCCACACUCUUCAAAGAUGUACCUCAACCAGAGUCUUUCUCUACCACUACCAACAGUGCUGCCACAAACUCAAAUAAGAACAUUGCAACUUUUAGGCAUUCCAAAUCUGACCUGGAGAAGCUAGGGAGUGGACAACCACAGACUUUCCCUGGCCAACUCAAGAAAAAUAGACUUCCUGUAAAGCUUAUGCGCAAACCGCCAACAGGAAGACAGUCCUCUCCUGUAACCAACCUACCUCCAAGUGGAAGGCAUCAGCUACCGGGGACAAGGGCGGGGUCGAACCCUUCCAUGCUUGCACAGAGGGUGGGGUCACUAGGUAAGCUGGUGGUGAGAGAUGAGCGGGAAGGAGCUGCCAGGAGAGGAGGUGAUGUGAUACGAUGGGGAAGUGAUCAUAGCUUACAGACAGGAGAUACUCCAGAUAUGCCUUGGGUAGUAGAUGAGUCUCCAAGCAGAAGUAGAAAUUGUCAAAUGGCUGGGUCAGGUGAAGAUGUUAGUCGAGGUCUGUUGUCCAGAUCUAACUCUGGUCUACAGAGGAACUGUGGAAGGUCCAUGAACUUUGAGGGUGGGCUUCAUUCACGUAGCCUUAGCUCCAGUCAAGAGAAUUUAAGCUUGCGUGGUAGCUAUGACAACCUAGUCAAUCUUCAUUACAGGUCCAGAACAAGCCCCAUGGGAAGUACUGGUAACAGCCUACAGAUGAACUCUGGUGGCUCUGCCUUAAGCCUUACCUCUGGUCGUGAGCCUUCCUCCCUCUCCUCCAACCCUCUCUCCUCCCUCAGCCCUGUAGCCAGCCCUACUAACAGCCCCAUCUUCAGCCCCGCCCCCAGUCCCAUGAGGCUCCUCUCUGACCAGGAAGCACUUGAGGAGACCGAUGACCUGCGUGAGUUUGAGAGGUCACUUUCACUUGAGAUAGCUCUAGAUACUGGCCAGGAAUUUGCUCUGACUCAUCUUACCCUCAGUAUGCUACAGAGUAUUAUUGAUCAGUAUAAGGAGUGUGGAGACGAUGCAUUCCUUCUCAACACGAUACGCACUGUCUUCAUGUCAGAUGUAGCUCUCAAUGCAAGCUUCAGGGUGGAAGAGAACAACCCCUACAGCCGUCUUGACCUGGCUGCUGUAAAGACAGCAUACAAUCUCCUAUGGGACCUGCAUCCUAGAGAUAGAUUCAUGACCUGUCUAGCAAAUGCCAUAGAGAUUCUCCUUAGGAAGCUAGACCAGUCCCUGGUCCAGUCACAUGGUAUCAACCAGUUGCUGAUCAUCCUUGAGUGUCCUCUUAUGGAGCUGAACUUUGAGUUGGUCCAGGUCCUGUGCAGGAUAAUAGCCAAGCAACUAGUCCCUGGUGCAAGGACAAGUCUGAUCCAGACCCUCCUUCACCUGGACAAAGAGCGCUUCCAGAGACUCCUGAAGAUCCUCAAAGCUCACAUGGUCUCCAUGAUCAGACCUAAUGAAGGUGCAUCUGAGGGCAUGGUUCAUGUUGCCAUAGCAAUGCAAAUCCUGUAUAAAGCCAAUCAAAUCCGGCUUGAGCAUGAUGCCAGUAAAGGCCUUGCUCAGUUAGAGGAUUUCUACUGUCACCAGCUUUCAAGGGAUCUUGAUUACCAAACAGAGUAUCAUCGAUGGCAGCUUAAAGCAGGGCUCCCUCUUCAGUCACCCAGAGAUGAAUUCUCACCGGUCCCAUCUCUACUUGACUUUCCAUUCCUACUGGAUCCAGCUUCCAAAGUACAUGUGUUACACCUUGAUGCUGUGGUUCAGAUGAGGAAAGAAUAUCAGGUGGCCAUUCUACAUCAAGCUCGAGUGAACCAAGCACAGAAGUACUUGACAGAUGGAAGACGUUUCACUCCUAACCUGAAGGAUUCUAUCAAGGCUGCUAUGUGUCCCUUCCUUGUCCUGGAAGUAAGACGUGACUACCUGAUCAGUGAUACCCUAGCACAGAUCAGACUCAAGAAGAAUGAUCUCAAGAAACCACUCAAGAUCAAGUAUAUCGGAGGAGGAGAACAGGGUUUGGACAUGGGUGGUCUUCAGAAAGAAUUCUUUCAGCUUAUCUCUGAAGCAGUCUUCAAUCCCAGCUAUGGCAUGUUUGUUAGCUCCUCCGAGAACAGGACAAUAUGGAUCAAUGGAUCAGAAGGCUCUACAGAUUCUGACGAUGAGUUUGAGCUGGUAGGCACCCUGCUUGGCCUAGCAAUCUACAACGGUAUCAUCCUAGAUGUGAAUUUCCCUAUGGCCAUCUAUAAGAAGCUCCAUGAAGAUCCCAUGACCCUGGAAGACCUGAUAGGGGUGCAGCCGUCCCUGGGGCGGGGCAUCAGAGAGAUGCUGGAGUAUGAGGGAGAUGUAGAGGAUGUGUUCUGUCAAACAUUCCAGGUUUCUUAUUUAUCAAUGGGUGAUAUUUUAACUGUUGACUUGGUUCUUCAUGGCUCGCAAAUUCCAGUAACAAACCAAAAUCAAGAGGAGUAUGCACGGUUAUAUGUGAAGCAUUUACUGAUAGAUAGCAUUGCAAGACAGUUUGAGGCCUUUGCGAGAGGUUUUCACAGCGUAUGUGGAGGCUCAGCCCUGCAGCUGUUCCAACCUUCAGAGAUAGAGCUUCUCAUCUGUGGUAGUCCUGUAUUAGACUUCCAUGCUCUAGAGACCUCUGCUACCUAUGAGGAUGGCUUCUCCAGGAAACACCCGACUGUGUUAUCUUUGUGGAGAUUGAUUCAUUCCCUUAGCAAUGAACAGAAGAAGAAACUGCUUAACUUCAUCACAGGAAGCGACAGGGUUCCUCUUAAAGGCCUGUCCAGCCUGCCUAUCGUAAUUCAAAGAAACGGUCCCGACUCUGAGCGCCUUCCCACUGCCAUGACCUGCUUCAAUCGUCUACUGCUUCCAGAAUACAAGGAUGAGAAGAAGCUGAGAGAGAGGCUCCUCGUUGCCGUUCAAUACGGCAAGGGCUUUGGACUUACAUAACUAUCUACUGCUGCUGUUCAGUACGGCAAGGGCUUUGGACUUACAUAACUAUCUACUGCUGCUGUUCAGUACGGCAAGGGCUUUGGACUUACAUAACUAUCUACUGCUGCUGUUCAGUACGACAAGGGCUUUGGACUUACAUAACUAUCUACUGCUGCUGUUCAGUACGGCAAGGGCUUUGGACUUACAUAACUAUCUACUGCUGCUGUUCAGUACGGCAAGGGCUUUGGACUUACAUAACUAUCUACUGCUGCUGUUCAGUACGACAAGGGCUUUGGACUUACAUAACUAUCUACUGCUGCUGUUCAGUACAGCAAGGGCUUUGGACUUACAUAACUAUCUACUGCUGCUGUUCAGUACGGCAAGGGCUUUGGACUUACAUAACCAUCUACUGCUGCUGUUCAGUACGGCAAGGGCUUUGGACUUACAUAUACAUACAAGUACUACUGGAAUACAAAGAGGAGAAAAGGCUAUGAGACAGAUUGUCUGUUGCUAUCUAGUAUGGCAAGGGCUUUGGAAUUGUAUAUCCAGGUUCUGUUUUGAAAGCAGAAAAGUUGCAAGAGACAUGACUGAUUGCUCUCCCAUAUUGACAGGAGUUUAGGGUGACAUUGUGCCGUGUGUGAACGUAGAGAGAACUGAGAAGCCUUGACUGAGUCAUGGACUCACAUGAAAUCUCACCAACAUAAAGAGAACAAGAAAUACAGCAUCAUUAACUUUACAUGCAGCUCAGGAAGUUACCAGUUUUCUAAAUUUGUAAUGAAAGUAAGAUGCAACAUUUACUAUUUAUAUUUGAUAAAAGGACAGAUUUGUAUAUCUUUGAUAUCAUCUAUGCUGCAAGGUUAUAGCUGCUUUGUGCUGUUAAGUAUGUUGGUUGUAUGGUUCCAUUCCAUCUACACAAUAUAGUAAUCAACAUUUCAGUCAGGGUUUUAAGAUAUAUGUAAUCACUAAAUACCGUCUAGGUCAAGUGCUAAUAGGAUGUUACUACUCCAGAUUAAAGAAGGGGAUAAAAGAUAUUUCUGUCUUCUAUUUUUAUUGCUCCACUGUUUUUUUGUUUUUAGUUUUAAUAUCAUAUAUAUUAGUGUA